UCCUCUCCUCCCUUCUCCUCUCCCUCUCUGGCGCCGUUCAGUGGCAGUCGCCGUAAAUUCCACAUCUCCGGCGGCAUUUUCACAAGCCCCUCCUUCUCUUCCCCUUGCUUUCUUCCAGGCUCUCGCCGGAGUGGCUUUUCGGGUAAAUAAGUACGAUCACCGGUGGCAUUCUCUUAGUCAUUUCUUUUUUUUUUAAAUUUGUUCUUUUUGGUGGUCCUAUUGGGGAACGGAGAUGGGUAACGCGAGCGGCAAGGAGGGAGAGAACGGGCCCGGCGAGCCGUCGGCGAGAUCGGACGGUGGGGAUCCGGCGAACUACCACCUGGUGGGCGACAUGGGGAGCACGCCGCCGGUGAGCCCCCGCCAGUCCCGGUCGCCGAUCAUGUUCGCUCCCCAGAUUCCAAUAGCUCCACUGCAGAGAGGUGCUGAGGUCCCUCCUGCUUUAAAUUAUACGAGGAUGAACUCUUCGCAUGGGCAUUUCGAUGCUCCCCUUGAGAAGGGAAUUCCCACGCUGAUUACAUGGAACAACGGAGGAGACGAUGUUGCUGUGGAAGGGUCAUGGGAUAACUGGAGUUCAAGGAAGGUACUACAGAGGUCGGGCAAGGAUCACACCAUCCUGUUGGUCCUUCCAUCUGGGAUCUACCAGUACAAGUUCAUUGUUGAUGGUGAAUGUAGGCAUAUGCCUGAUCUUCCUUGCUUCUCUGAUGACAUGGGACAAACUGUUAAUCUUCUUGACGUCAAUGAUUAUGUUCCAGAAAAUCUGGAAAGUGUUUCUGAAUCCGAGGCACCGCUAUCACCAGACUCCAGCUAUGGCCGGCCAUUUCUUGUGGAUGAGGACUUUGCAAAAGAGCCACCAGCUCUUCCACCCCAGGCGCAUGUUACAGUCCUUGGCCCCCAGAACAAUGAGGAUUCUUCAAAAAAGCCCGAGCAUGCUCUCCUGAACCACCUCUUCAUCGAGAAAGGAUGGGCCUUGCAGUCGCUGGUUGCCCUUGGCCUGACCCACAGGUUUCAGUCGAAGUAUGUGACUUGCGUCCUCUACAAACCUAUGGGAAGGCAGCAGCAGUAGAAACAUCUACUGCAGAAGUUUGAGAAGGGGACAGAAACAGCUGCCACCCUCCCCUCUGUAUAUACAUAAGGGUGCUGCAGUUGCUGUAGGUUUUAAGGUGCUUGUGCACUGGUGCUGUGAAUUCUCUCCUUUUAUAAUUACUUUGUCUCAGGAUUAUGUUAUACUCUUUGAGCUUUUUUAUCACCUGGCAUCGACCACACAGAAUUCUCAGUUACUAUGAACUUUCUGACAUGACAAGUUCAUGUUGGAUCC